UGUAAACUGAAACAAAUUACUUUUAGCGAAAAACAGAGAUGUCUACAAGCUUCAGGAACUUAUGAUAACAACUACUGGCUCCUGGAGAGGGGGAAUGCAGCAUUUUAUUUACUUCUGAUCAAACUGUGGAGGAAAUGUGGGUUAGUUUGGAAUGGUCUCGUGUUGUAGCGUCAUCAUGUGUUUGACAUGGUUCAUUUCAGAGAUACAGGUAACCAAAUUGGUAAACCUAAGACAGAAAGUCGAGUAUUAUGAAUAUUCCUGCACAACGGGACAGUACAGUCCGAAAGAAUUUCUUGAUCUCGCACCCUGUCCCCCUCCUGGAAAGACCCAUCUAAUAUGUGAUAUACCGGCAAAUAUCACGUGCCAAGAAAGGACGCAUAUAUUACAAAACUGUAUAAUAUAUUUAACAGAAGCUGCAAUAACCCGAACAUUUAUCACGUGCAAUCAAUCUUCAAAAGUGCAAUGUGUAGAAUUCGUAAAUUUAUGCAAGAACGUUUCGAAGUUCAACUGUGGAACUCCUCAGUCCAUAAAACCGUCAACUACCACCGUCCCUCCUCAUAUCGUUACGUCCCCUGUAGGAUCAAUCAAUAGAUCUGACACUUCUAUGAAUAAAUCUGAUAUCACUGUUAAUGGUGGAAGACCGGAAGUUCCAGUUGUCAUUGCCGGAAGUAGAAACUGGUGGCCUUUGCUAGCUUUACUAGUGAUACCCAUUGUAGUUAUUUUGGUAUGCUUCGUCUACUGCCGUAGAAAAAGAUCUCAGAAAGAUAGUCCUGUCCAUUAUCAACAGGUACCGAAAAGAUCACCGGAGGUAAAUAUUUUAAAAGACAAUAGGGUUAAAAAGAGGGAUUCUUUCAUCGGUCAAGGAGACAAGUUUAAAAAGGUUCCAUACAUUGACGGGGUUGUCAAUGGGUCAGACGGUGACUCAUCUACAAAAGACGAUUCCGGCCAAGAAAUCAUCGAAAUGAUCACAGACGUCUCAGAAAUUGCAUAAAAGUAUUAUAUUUAAAUUUUAUUUUAUUUUCACACUAGGCAUAUAUAGAGGCAGCAAACAAAUGUAUAGUUUUUAAAAUAUUGUAUAUAUGUAUGAAGUAGUUUGGAGGAAAGGUUGGGUGCUUUACAUUGAAAAUGACCAAACCAAAAUACGCAUUUUUAAGUGUUGAUAUAUUUUUAGAUUGAAUUCAACUCUCGACCUCACUGUCAAUGUUUGUGAUUUUAAUAUCAUUGAAAUAGUCAGAAAUACGCAAGGAUAUGAUGAAAGUUAAAACACAUCGUUUUUUUUCUUAAUAAAGAAAUUUUUGUUAAUUUUCUAGUUUUUUUGUUUUUACCUUCUUAUUAUUUUUUUCAGUUAAAAAAAGUCACUGCGUAGAAAGUGAAAAAACCCACAACUUUUCAUCCCCUUUAGAUCUCCCUUUUUGCUUUUCGUCUAUGCAUUAUAUACUUAUGACCAUGUGCAACAUAUUCAUGCAUGCAAUUCUUCCUUCUGUAUAGUUUUCAAAGAAUCACUGUCAUAUACCUUUUGGAUAGACCCCUCCUGUCUUAAAUAGCAUAUGAACUUCAUAGAAAACUUUCCUGGAUGUGUGCCUGUAGUACCAAUUCCAUAUGAAUUAACUUAGAGCAUUAUCACAUU